AUGAAUUGGUGGAAUUCAUUGGAGAAAGCAGGCAACAUUUCAAAAUUUGCGAUCACAGCCUUGAAAAGUGCCCAACAAAAAAUAGAUGAAGUUCUCGAUAUCACGGAUGAAGCUUCUAAUCAAAACGCACUGCCUACGCUAUUCGAAUAUUCAACUAGACAAGUUGACGCAACGGAAACAUUAGUAUCUUUUAAACUAAAUGAAUCAAGUCGUUGUGAACCGAAACCGAAGAAAUCUGAGUGUGAAGUAGGCAGCGAUUGUGGAGAUUUGGAGAGAUCUUGUUCAACAAGGUUGAGAAGUCAUCACUCACCUCUUGUGGAUUCUCUGGAAAAAGUUGUUUACGAUCAAUCAGACAAUUUCGCAUCCAGUGAUUCUGAUAAGGUGCUAACUGAUGAGAACACUAAAACUGAUGAGUUGUGGGAAAUAGAUUCUACAUUAGUUAAUGAUUGUUCUACUGUCACUGAACAAAAAACAUCACAGGAUUUAUGUGAAAAAAAGUGUGAUGCACCAAAAGUAACAAUUUCUUCGGAAUACAUUGCACAAGAAUCAGCUGUUGAUGCAAAUUCGCAAUUGACAUCCCUAGAAAAGGAAUUGCAGUUAGUGAAUAAAUCAAUUCCUAAUGAAGAUAUAACCUCUUUGCAUCGUUCUUCAUCUGAUAUAGUACUACCAUUCACUACUCAACCAGUAUGUGCCGAUGACGAUUUUGAUACUAAUACCACUAGUUCGGAUAUUGAAGUAAUUUCGUGUUGUAAUUCUACAUAUGGUGGUGAAGUCCACGAGUUACAUUCUUCUAAUACACCUACUAUUAUGUCUCCUGUUAAAGAGCCACGUCUGUCAUUGGGAUUCAAUCAAAACUCACUUGUUUUGCAAAAAUAUUAUCUUAGAGGAUUUAGUGCUCCGGUUGUUUUAAACAAAUGUUCUAGUGGUCCUGAACAUCGUAGAUCUGUUAGUGUUUCGCAAGAUUUAUGUAUGGGUUUGCAAAAUACUAUUGACGAUGAUUUGACAUUUGCCUAUCAUGACCUCGCUAAGAAGUUCUCCGAAGUCAAACAUUUACUAAAUGUUCGUGAAGCAAAAAUUAUGCAACUUAGCCAUGAGAACAACGUACUACAGAAUUCAGUCUCAAUAUUGCAAGAGCAAUUAAAAACUACACUGACCGCACAAGAAAUUGUCACUACUGAUGUGUCCAGUAUUACCUCAGAGUUUUCUCAACGUUUAUCAGAUACAGAGAAACGGUUACAGGUUGUUUGUCGUGAACGAGACCAAUUGAAAAAAAGUUUAUCGUCAGUGAAACAAAAAAUUCCGGUGAUCACACGUGCUGUAGGUGAUGAUAAACCUUUUGUAAAUAAUGAUAUAAAACGUGUAAAUGAAUUAGAGAAUGUAAUUUUGCAGAAAAAUGAAGAAAUUGAGAAUUUAUUAAAAGAAGGUCAUAAAUUAUCUGCUGAUCAGUUGAAGACAAAUAAUCUAUUAAAAAAGCUUCGUUCAGAACAGAAAAAAAGCAAGCAGACAGAAGCAUCACAUUUGAAACAAAUUGAACAAUUAACUGUUGAAGUUCAACGGCUGCGAAGCAGUUUAGAAAAUAAGGAAGAGAUACUUGCCAAUUCUACUAGACAAACGAAAGUGAUAAAUAAUUUGGAAGAACAACAGGAAAUUCUUAAGAUUCAAAUCAGUAAGAAUGAAAUUAAAAUAUCUGACCAAAAACAGGAACUGGAAACUCUCAUCAAUGAAAAUUCAGAGUUGAAAGAACAGUUGAAUCAAAUUCACUGUCAUUCACAAGCUGAAAGUCAAUGUGUCGAAGAUUUAGAAAAAGUAAAGGCUGAAUGUGAAACCUUAAAACAGAAACUGAACAGCAAUUCAAGAGAUUUACGAGCAUUUAAAACACAACAUGAAGAACAAGCGAUCAAAUGGAGAGAAGAAAUUCAGUAUUACCAGGGUUUAUUGUCUGAUGCCCAGUUGAAAAUUGAUCUAUUGAAUGAAACAACUACUACUGCAACGCAACCAAUCAUGAAACAAUUAGAAAUUCUUCAAUCUAAUUUCAAUAAUCAAGCAUUUGAAUGGGAAACAAAAGAAAAACAAUUGAAUAAAUUAUUAGCAGGAAGAGUGAUAUUCUGAGCAAAAAUUAAAUUUGUUUGGUGAAUUUCUAGUAGUGACUUACAAAACUGAUAUAAUUAUUGGCGUUUGGUGGAGACUGUUGAAUUGUAUGGUUUGGAUCACAGAAUGAUAUUAAUUAGACGAUCGUUGAAAAUCUAAAAGUACCGGACAGCUGUUUCAAUUAAGUAAUACUCUUCAACAGGAGUCGAAAACAGGAUCUUCAGAUCUCGAAGCAUGAAUUCACCUUUCAGACCCUUUGGUUAUUCCACUAGAUAAAAACGUAUUCUUCUAGCUGUUAAUCUCGUCUUUUAUUUCAGUCCGUUCGGAGGAUUGAUUCAAUUUUUGAUCUCAUGAUGGUGUAUCAUUGUUGGGGACGAUAGAUCUCCAAACUCAUAUUUUGAAUUUUAU